CCCACGUGCGCGAUCACUGAUCAAUCCCCUUCUGAAUUUCUGAAUUUCUAAUCUAAACCGACCGCGCCAUUUCCUCGUUUCGCUCCUGUCUGCACUCCAUCUCUCUCUCUCUCUCUCUCUCUCGAUCCAACAACAAUGGCGGCUCCUUCGCUCCCCUCUCUGCUCCUCCUCUCCUCCCUCCUCCUCCUCGCCGCCUCCGCCGCCGCCGCCGCCUCCGCCUCCCGGGGCUCGUUCCUCAAGCUCCCCUCCUCCACCGCCCCUCCCGCUCCCCCAGCUCCUCCGCCGCGGCCGCUCCCCGCUCCGCCGCCUCCCCGUCACCUCCGCCGCCCCCUUCGGCGCUGGCCAGUACCUCGUCGCCCUCCACCUCGGUACGCCUCCCCAGCGCCUCCUCCUCGUCGCCGACACCGGCAGCGACCUCGUCUGGGCCCGCUGCUCCGCCUGCCGCGGUGCCGGCUGCUCCCGCCGCGCCCCGGGCUCUGCCUUCCUCGCCCGCCGCUCCUCCUCCUUCCGCCCCCACCACUGCUACUCCGCCUCCUGCCGGCUCGUCCCCCGCCCCUCCCCCCGCCGCGCUGCAACCGCACCUGCCUUCACAGCGCGUGCCGCUACGAGUACACCUACUCCGACGGCUCCCUGUCGAGCGGCUUCUUCGCCAGAGAGACCGUCACCCUGCACACGACCAGCGCCAAGACCAAGGCGGCGGCGGCGAGGCUCAAGGGGCUGGCCUUCGGCUGCGGGUUCCGGGUGUCGGGUCCGAGCGUAACCGGGUCGAGCUUCAAUGGGUCCCAGGGAGUCAUGGGCCUGGGCCGUGGGCCCAUCUCGUUCGCCUCCCAGCUCGGCCGCCGCUUCGGCAGCAACAAGUUCUCCUACUGCCUCAAGGACUACACUCUCCUCCCUUCCCCCACCAGCUACCUCAUCAUCGGCGACCGCCCCAGCGCAGACAACGCCGCCGCCGCCUCCCCCCUCGCAUUCACUCCCCUGCUCGCCAACCCCCUAGCGCCCUCGUUCUACUACGUGGGCAUCAAGCGCGUGUCCGUCGACGGCGAGAGCCUGCCCAUCGACCCCUCCGUCUGGUCCCUCGACGACCUCGGCAACGGCGGCACCAUCCUCGACUCCGGCACGACCCUCACGUUCCUGGCGGAGCCGGGGUACCGCCCGCUCCUGGCGGCGAUGAGGCGGCGCGUGGGGCUCCCGCCGGCGGCGGGGACGCCGCCGGGGUUCGACCUGUGCGUGAACGUGACGGGGCCGCGGCGGCCGCGGCUGCCGAGGCUGAGCUUCGAGAUGGAGGGCGGGGCGGUGUUGGCGCCGCCGGCGGGGAACUACUUCAUAGACGUGGCGAAGGGGGUGAGGUGCCUGGCGGUGCGGCCGGCGGGAGCGGCGGCGGAGGGGGGCGGGUUCUCGGUGAUCGGGAACGUGAUGCAGCAGGGGUUCCUGUGGGAGUUCGACGUGGACAGGUCGCGGCUCGGUUUUUCACGCCGGGGCUGUGCCGCGUCGUGACUCGGCGAGUGGGGGCGGGGGCACUCACUGAGUUCGGCCCCGCCGUGACGUUUCGUGUUUUGUCGUGGGGAUCCAACUUUUGCGAAAUGAUUUCUGCCGAUUUUUAAUUUAAUUUUGCCACAUUCUUUUCCUUUUUUGAUCAUCAUUUUUCGUCUUUUCGAGUCUCGAGCGGACAAUGGACAUCACUUAUUGCCAGAUGAAAAAGGGCUUUGGUUC